AUGACUGACAUCUGUGGGAGUGCUAAAUUGACGGGUGGCAAUAGGAGUGGACGACGACCUCGAGGUGGAGGGCGAGGAGGCAGAGGAGCGAGUAAUGCAGGCAUCCGGGGGCCGCAUUCCGCGCUCACUGAUUUUCUGGCGGCGAAUAACAUCUCUGCGCGAGACAUCCGAGAUUCGUACCGCGAUCGUGUGCAACAAGCCGAACGGGACACCCCGCAGCCAGGAGACAAUGGAGAAGGACCCUCGAAUUCUGGCGGCCAUGACGAUGGCGAUGUUGAGCAAGACGUACAAGCAGAGUCCUCAGCCAUGGCAGCUGAGCGCACAGCGGAGAAGUCGCGCAAGCGCAAGCGCCAUCAGAGUGAGGCGAUAGCCAAGAUCAAAAAAGGCAAAGAGGAUAAGAAGAAGGCUCAGAAGAAGAAAAAGAAGGGUUCCGAGGACAAUUCCGAGUUUGAAGAUGACUUGGAGAUGUACAAAAAGGCGAAGAAACUACCGGGUCAGCUUGAGAAUUGCGAAUUGUGUAACAAACGGUUUACAGUCACUCCAUACAGCAAGUCUGGACCCCAGGGCGGACUGCUAUGUACACCUUGUGGUAAGGAGAUGCAGAAGGAGGCAAAAGCACAGCAGAAAAUUGCGAACCCAGUCAUACGCAAAGGUCGCAGAAAACUUGAAAGCAACCGUCUAGACGGUCUGAUGGCUCGUGGACCGAAAACACUGCAACAACUGUGCAUUGAAAAACUCGCGAAGCACUCAGAAGAUAUUGAUGAAUUGGGCGAGAUGCCAGAAAGCAUCAUGAAUAGGAUCAGUGAGAUCUUUUCAAAGAAGCGGGCAAUGAACUCCACCACGAUGAAGCUAUUCCUGCAUCCAGAUUUGGAGAGUGUGGCAAUACAUGAAGCGGCCUACCUGGAGACCGAAGAUUAUGAUCAGAUUUUCGCAAUAUGCCCGAAUAUCAAGCGCCUAUCUCUACGAAAUUGCUGCCAGUUCAAGGACAGCAAUAUCGAUUAUAUGAUUGAGAAAGCGAGGGCGUUAGCCGAUAUCCAGCUCUUGGGCGCAAAUCUCGUCUCGGACGAGAAGUGGAUAGAGCUGUUCAUUGCGCGAGGUCAAGAUCUACGUUCCUUGAAAGUGGAGUGGCUAGAUGCUGCUUUUGGCGAUGAAGUCGUCGAAGCACUCACAACCUUCUGCCCCAACCUUGAGCGCCUCAAGAUAGAGCGUUGCAAACGCAUCGGGGAAGACAGCAUUGACGCAAUUGCUCGACUCAAACACCUGCAGCAUCUUACUCUACGCUUUUACCAAGAGGUGCCACAUGAGAAACUGAACAACCUUAUCAGCUCCGUAGGCGCAAAUCUCCGUACUCUAUGUCUCGAGCACUUCCUAGACAGUACAAAUGACCCGACCGAUGAAGUUCUGAGUAAUAUCCACAAUACCUGCCGAAACCUCGAAAAAUUUCGCUUCACAGAGAACAACGAGUGUAGUGACGCCGGCUACGUCGCUCUCUUUGCCAACUGGGAGAAUCCUCCCCUUCGCUAUGUCGAUGUGAAUAGCACGCGCGAUAUGGACAAUACUAACCCCGACGGGCCUGAAGACUUCCCUAUCGGUCUUGCGACCAACGGUUUCCUCGAAAUGAUGAAGCAUUCUGGUUCUCGCCUUGAAUAUCUGGACAUCUCAUCUUGCCGGCACAUCUCGCACGCCGCAUUUGUGGAGAUCUUUGAUGGGGUCCGACAGUAUCCCAACCUCGCCGAAAUCAAUCUUUCCUUCCUACCUGUCGUGGAUACAGAGAUUGUAGCAGGUAUUUUCCGCUCAUGCCCACAGAUUAAGAAGGUCGUUACAUUUGGAUGCUUUCAGGUCGCCGAUGUGGUCGUGCCGAGGGGUAUCGUUCUUAUUGGCGCGCCGAAGGCGCAGGAUCAGAUUGAGCAAUUUGGUGACUUGGUCUUGGAUUUCCAGAAGGCUGGGGAAGAGAGGGAAGAGAUGAGGGUGGGCAGAGUUGUCCCUGUUGUGGCGUAG